AAUAGAUAAGAAACACAAAAACUCAUUCAGCCAAAUCGUUGGGUUAAAAAAAAAUUGAAGCAGAGAGUGUAAGGCCUUUGUGUUUGUUGUGCAUUGGCAAUGGGUAGCGAAGAAGAGAAGGUUCUAGAGAAACAACUUGAGCAUCAAUUGCAGGAGCAAAGGGAUUCUCUCUCUGCUAUCGACGACGCUCUUCUCGCUGAUCCAUCCAACACCGAGCUUCUCGCGGUUCAUGGGGAGCUUGUUCAGGCAAUUAAGGAUGCAGAGGAAGGACUUCUUCACCUAAAACGGGCUAGAUUAUUACAGGAAGCAGAUUUGGUGUUGCACAGCACUAAUCUUUUUGCUGAAGAAGAGAAAGUAGAGGCUCUUGAUCCCACAGAUGUUGAACCAGAGCCACUGGAGGAAAGUUGUUAUUCUGUUGGAUCUAAAUGCAGAUUCCGUCACAAAGAUGGGAGAUGGUACAAUGGUCAAGUGGUACAGUUGGAUAAAUCAGCAGCGAAGCUUUCAUUCCUUACUCCUACAUCUGAGAACAUGCUGAUCUGCAAGUUCUUUUUACAACAACGAUGUCGAUUUGGUACUAACUGUCGCCUGUCACAUGGAGUUGAUGUUCAAUUGUCCUCACUGAAGAAAUAUGUCCCAACAAUAUGGAAGCCAUCCUUGGCGGGGUCGAGUAUAUGGGCAGUCUCAAAUGCUCAUGGGGGCAUUUGGAAGCGAGCUGAGCUUGAGUCUUGGGACGAGGAUGUCGGAGCUGGACAAGUUGUUUUCCGAGAUGAUGGAAGUUCAGCAAAGCUUGGGGCUGAAGAAAUGGUAUUGUCUGAGUAUGCGGAAGUGAGUGACACAGAGAGUGAUUCCAGCUUAGAACACUCCGACUCUAGUGACUAUGAGGAAGAGGAAUUGCAAGGUUUAGGAUUUCUUGAGAGCACCAACCUACAAAGGGGUGUUCAGACUGAAACUGCUAUAUUUGCCAAGUGGGAGAACCACACUAGAGGCGUAGCAUCGAAAAUGAUGGCUAAUAUGGGUUACCGAGAAGGAAUGGGUUUAGGCGUAACUGGUCAGGGAAUGCUAGAUCCCAUAACAGUGAAAGUCCUACCGGCAAAGCAAUCCUUAGAUCAUGCACUCGAGUCUCAAAAAGGAGAAGAGGACACAGAGAAACAAAGCAAGAAACGGAGCCGAGGUGGUAAAAGAAAGCGCGAUAAAAAAUUCAUGGAAGCAAUUCGAGCAGCAAAAGAAGAAGAAGGAUCGAACGUAGACGUCUUUACACUAAUAAAUAAUCAACUGGCAGUGCACGGCCAAGCUUUAAAUGGUGGAUCAGGGAAAAAGCAGAGCAAAGAUUCCGCCGAAGUUAAAAAGGUGGAUAGGCGAACGUUGAUUGCGUAUGAGGAUGAGGUGAAGGAUUUGAAGUUGAGGGUUGAGAAGCUGGAAGCAAUAGUGAAUAUCAACAGAAAAGAGAAGGCUGUUUAUGAGGCUGCUAUGAGAAAAUUAGCAGAGACACGCAAGGCAUUAGCUGAAGCUGAAGCCACGCAUGCCUCUGCAUCAAAUGCAGUUGUUAGCAAAGAAAAAGAGAAGAGAUGGCUUAAGUUUUAGUUAGGACUUAUGGCUCAGUAGUUUAAGUAGCUGCAUGAUAUAAUAUAAAGCCUUCAAUUCAUUAUAAAGCUAUCACUUUAGAAAACAAAGGCAAGGAUAUUUCACUAAAUUAAGAUAUUGGUGAAUUGAUAUAGAUGUUGUAUGUACAUGUUAUGUGAUCCUUCUAUUGAACCAUGCAUGCACUUGUUACUGAUGCGGUAGAUUGUGCUGCU